AUGUUAAUAAAUAACCAAAAAUACUCCUGCGAGGCCUGCAUCCGCGGCCACCGCGUAACAACCUGCAAACACCACGAUACAGACCGCCCCUUAACAAAGAUAAACCGCAAAGGCCGCCCCUUCUCAACAUGCAGCAUCUGCCACCGCACGCCCUGCGCUGUUCCUGAUGAACAUGUUAGAAUAAGGAAGGAGAGGGAGGGGGAGAGUAGGCAUCAUUAUAAGGUAUGCUUUCUUACCUCUCGGGGAGUAUAUAUGGGAGUGGUUAUGGUUGGGUUGAGCAAAGGACGGGGCUAA